AUGGCAUACGUGGAAAAGCAAUACCGGAAGGCGGGGAUUGUCAUUCCGUUCAUUGACAAUGACGCCAUUCCUAUAGGUAACUGGGCGGCAGGGGAUGGACUGGGCGCUGUGGAUAUGUAUAGCUUUGAUGAUUACCCCCUUGCGUGGGCCACUGCUCCCGAUGACCCUUCGGACUGGUCAAGGUUGACGAACCCGUUAUCCGUGUACAAUUUCAGCACUCAUAUGGGAACGAGCCCGCAUACUCCUAUGUCUAUAUCUGAAUUUCAAGGAGGUGUGCCAGAUGCUUGGGGCGGGGUUGGGAUGAUGAAGGCAGCGGCUUAUAUUGGUGCCGACUUUGAACGCGUCUUUUACAAACUGAACUACGGAUUUCGGGCUACAAUUCAUAGCCUCUACAUGGUCUUUGGCGGAACCAAUUGGGGACACCUUGGCCAUCCAGGCGGUUAUACUUCCUAUGAUAACGGGGCCGCAAUCGCCGAAAAUCGCCAAGUUGAUCGCGAAAAAUAUAGCGAGCUGAAAUUACAGGCAAACUUCCUCCGAGCUUCGCCUCAGUAUUUAGUAUCCCUUCCAGAUAAUGGCACAUUUGGAGUAUACGCCAGUGCUCAUGACCUUGUCACAACAAAACUGACCUCGAACCACACAAUAUUCUUCCUUGUCCGUCAUGCCGAUCUGUCAUCUACCGGGUUAACUGCCUAUCGUCUACGGGUGCCAACAAGCAUGGGUAUCCUUACCAUUCCACAACUUGGCGGAUCGCUCACCCUAAAUGGUCGAGACUCAAAGUUUCAUGUUGUUGACUAUGAAGUUGGCAAUAUCAAGCUGAUUUAUUCCACGGCAGAGAUCUUCACCUGGAAGAAAUCACACGAUAGGACUGUCCUCGUGCUCUAUGGAGGCGCUGAGGAGUUGCAUGAAUUUGCGGUCCAUGAAAGCCUUGGAUCGCCCUGCGGUGUUGAAGGCAAGACCUUGGAGGUCAAGAAAAUGGGCCAUGCGGCCGUCGUGAAGUGGCGAGUCGAGCCUUCAAGGCAGAUGAUUGCAUUUGGCAACGAACUAGAAGUUCAUAUGCUAUCGCGCAAUGAAGCUUACAGUUACUGGGUGAUGGACCUGCCUUCGGAUGAGGUUUGCGGACGCUAUGUCUCAUCAUCUGGUGCACAACAGUCCGUCAUUAUAAAUGCUGGAUAUUUGCUGCGCACAGCUGAAGUUUCUGGCAAUAAACUUUUCGUUACUGGAGACAUUAACGCCACAACUGGGAUUGAAAUAAUAUCUACGCCAACUCCUAUCUCAUCUGUUUUCUUCAACGGACAGCUGGUCGAGACCGUAAAGAAUGGAGCUCUGCUCACUGGAGUUAUUCACUAUCAACAUCCCAACUUGUCGCUUCCCACAAUCAAAUCACUAAGUUGGAGAUACAUUAACAACCUUCCCGAGAUCCAGGAGGCUUACGAUGACAGUAAAUGGACGACCUGCAACCUGUCCCGCACUCACAAUCCUCGGAAUCUGACGACGCCAACUUCGCUUUAUGCAAGUGACUACGGCUAUCACGCUGGCUCUCUACUUUAUCGCGGAACUUUUGUCGCAAACGGAUCCGAGUCUUCCAUGUAUCUUCUCACAGAAGGCGGCUAUGCAUACGGCCAUUCAGUUUGGUUGAACUCUACCUAUCUUGGCUCUUGGGAAGGCAGCGCUGGCGACAUAUUCUAUAACCACACUCUAAAGUUUCCAACAGCUCCUCGGGCCGGCGCAACAUAUGUACUAACAGUCCUGAUUGACCACAUGGGACUGGACGAAAAUUUUGUCGCGAAUGUUCAGACAAUGAAGGAUCCCAGGGGAAUCCUAGAUUACCAAGUACAUGGCCGUGAGAAAUCGUCUAUUUCCUGGAAAAUGACGGGGAACCUAGGAGGGGAGAGGUACCAGGAUCACAGCCGUGGCCCUCUAAACGAAGGAGGGCUUUAUGCAGAACGGCAAGGCUUUCACCUUCCUGGAGCACCCACAGUGAAAUGGGAGAGGUUGUCGCCUCUUGAUGCGUUUCCAGGUCCAGGUGUCGGAUUUUACGUGACUACGUUCGAUCUCGACAUCCCACUAGGCUACGACGUUCCCAUCAGUGUGGUGUUCACCAACACAACGAUCGCAAACGUCUCUAAGCCUGCCAAAUUUCGCUCGGAAAUUUUCAUUAAUGGUUGGCAAUUUGGAAAGUAUAUCAAUCAUAUUGGACCCCAAUGUCGCUACCCGAUCCCUGAAGGGAUCCUAAACUACAAUGGUCCAAAUACACUCGCUAUAACGGUUUGGUCACAAGAGGAAAAUACGGCCGGCAUCCAUGGGUUGGAGCUUAGUAUCGAUGCCUGUUUGCAAAGCAGGUAUGAAAAGCCUGCUCUUGUUCAAGGGGCCUCGUACUCUCCGAGGAACGGUGGUUAUUAG